GCGGUGGACGACGCCACCGUCCAUUCUGGCGUCUGGUGGCGACAAAAAGAUUCAUAUCUCGAUAUCCAACUUCUCGCAAUUAUUUCGUUUCGCGAAAUGAACUAAUUAUAUCGUUUGUACUGAGCUUCGAAUGUUUCAUUAGCUCCUCAUCUAUUCACAGGCGGAAAACCUCAUGUCAAAAGGAUUAACGUGUGAUUAGGGGAUCAGAUAAACAGAUAAUUCUACGUGUGGGAACACCAUACAGUCGGAUUAUUUUAAUUAAAGACUCAUCGGUGUUUUCACUCUCGGAGAAGGUCCAGGAAACGACCCUAUUUCCAGUUGAAGGUAUCAGAUGACUAUUAACAGACGUCGAACUGUCCCCUCAUGUAUUUUGCGAAUCACAAACUAAAAUCCUAGUUAUCUGCUCAUCUGUGCUGUGGAAAUGAGAUCUGGCCGAUAUAAAGACAGAGAGAGGGCGACAGCCAAUCCCUGCCCCAGCUGUUCAGCGUAGAGAAGUCAUUAAUUCGCUCGUCAGCACGUCUCCAAUUUACCUAUUUUCAUUCUGGGACAGUGACGUACAGACACAAUCAUUGAAGGUUCAAUGAUUGAUGGAUCAUUAAUCAUGCUGAUUUACCCUGACCGAAGUUGAUGGGAAUCUCGAAUAGUUCGUAAAGAUGCGGAAGAAGUCGGUGGGGAACAACAGACAAACGGUCUAUCAGAGGGGCAAUCAGAGAGACGGCUCGCCACAUUAUGUUUUAUUGUACUCUGAUGAUGAGAGUGGAGACGAGGAGGAGAUCCUUCUUCAACCGAGGAAUAAAUCCAAUUCGACACCCAGGAAGGUGGAGGUGAUCGUGGUGACAUUGAAGCCUGAGGAUACUCUUCAGGCACUGGCUCUUAGAUACCGAUGUACCAUAUCCGAGCUAAAACGAAUAAACAACAUCCACAAAGAGAACGAAAUAUUCGCCCAUAGAGUGAUAAAAGUACCGGUCCCUCCAUUCUCCAUCUUCACCGAGAACAACGAAACGACUGACAACCUGAUAAACCUGAAUCCCCCUGAGACCAUCGAAACCGAAAGCCCUACCAUCAAGAGAGAGGAGGAGAUAAUUAAUUUAAUAACAACACCGACAGUUGUUCCAUCAACGAGUGCGGACAUAAAUAGUGUUAUAUUGAAUUCAGUCUGCGAGCCCCUGACGAGUGGAAUUGAUCAAGUGAAUUGUUGUGAUGAAGAAGACGACAAAUUAUUGCAGGAACACCCGACUACAGCUGUUGAAACGAGAGUUAUUGAUCCUUUUAAGUGCUCGGGUGCUGACUGGGGCCUAUCCUGGAUCCACCUGCUAGGAUUUUCUCUACUUCUCGGUUCUGUGGGACCUGUUAUUUAUAUUUACUGCAUCGCCUGACAGUAUUUUUAUACGUCUUUCCUCAUAAAGAAAUUGAGAAAAUUAUCUGCGCAGCUGUGGUUUUUGUUAGUUCAAUUGUAGGAUUCUUGUUGUUAGGUAAACAUUUUUAUACGUAUGGACAAUAACUAUUAGAGGAAAAAGUUUGAUUUAUUUGAGAAAAUAGGGACCACUGCUGGUGCCUGAAAAACGAGAAUUUUCGACUUUAUUCGAUAAAAAAGCGAAUAAAUAUUUUCUCCUAGAGCCAGUAAUCUAUAUUUCAUCUGCUCUCUAACGAUUGAGUAGAGGUAGAUAACUUUUUAUAUCUUUAGGACAUUUUUCAGACAGAUUUAUAUUUGUUGAUACUGAUGAAGAAUAAAUUAUAUUUUUAAGCUA